AUGCCUUGUAGAGACGAGACUCACGAACACAACUGGCCUUCCGAAGGCAUGCUUCACAUCUCCAGAUGCGAGAUCUUCUGUGGUUGCUGUGAGGGAGAGGAUGCCGAAGUGGUCUACCAGUACCCUUGGAACCUGAGAGAUCAUGUCAGGAAGGUGCACCGCGCCCAAGGUUUGUUUAUCACAGUGAGCCCUCAAGCUCCCAAGGUGUGA